GCGGCAGUGACGCAAGUAAGAUGGCGACGGCGACUUAACUGAGUCCAUUGCUCACGCUCUCGUAAUUGAGCUUUUAUGAAUCCAGCCUUCCCGCAGGCCGCCUCUCGGCUGGCGGGAGCUGGUCGCUGGCCCGGCUGCGGGCGGAGGGCUUCCCAGAGGCGCGGCGGCUGCCACCCGGGCCGUGUGAACCCUGGCCGCCCUUCCUCUAGAGUGGGGCGGGGGAGUGCCCUGGCAGCACCCGCCCGAGAAUACCAGCUUUGCUCACCUACUGCCUGUCUAGUUGUUGAGUGAAAAUCCAAAGGAAGACAGUUGUCAGCUGAGCUAUUAACAAUGCAACCACAGGAGUUAAUGUCCUUCAAAGAUGUAAGUGUAGACUUCACUGAGGAAGAGUGGCCAUUGCUAGACACAUCCCAGAGACAGCUGUUCAGAGAAGUGAUGCUGGAGAAUAUCAAUCAUCUGUUCUCAGUGGGAUGUGAGGUCUGCAAAUCAAAUAUGUUUUCCCAGCUGGCCCAGGGAGAGGUAGUGUGGAGAGAAGGAAAGGAAUGUCUCCAAAACCAGAGCCCAGACAUGAAAACUGCCUGUAAAAAGCAAGAGAUGAUGUUAAUGCAACUUAUCUACAGCAAUGAACAUUCUGAGGAUGUGUCAUUGGUAUCUCACACUCAGAAUUCCUUUCAGUGUAAUUAUUUGCAAGAGGAUUCCACCUGCAGAUCCAAAGUGAACCAACAUGCAUUAAUUCCCAUGAGAAAGAAAGCAUAUUUAAGAAAACCACUUGGAAAAUUCCUCAGUGACCAGUCAUCUUUUAAUGAACAUGAGCAGAUUCACACUAGAAUUAAAUCCUAUGAAUGCCAUCAAGAUGCUAAAGCCUUUAUUAAAAGCACUGGCCACAAACAAUACAGUAGAACUCAAGCUGGAAAUAAACCAUACAAAUGCUUUCUAUGUGGGAAAGCAGUCAUUGGAUUUAUUGAUUUUAGACGACACAGGAGAACAAACUCUGGAGAGAAACCCAAUGAAUGUAACCUAUCUGGAAAAGCCUUCAGUCAAUCUUCUAAUCUUCAACAAAAUGAGAGAACUCACUCUGGAGACAAACCCUAUGAAUGCAAUGCAUGUGGGAAAGCUUUCAUUUAUUAUUCUAACCUUAGAGUACAUGAGAGAACACACACUGGAGAGAAACCUUAUGAAUGCCAUCUGUGUGGUAAAACCUUCAGCCAAUAUUCUCAUGUUAGACGACAUGAGAGAACACACACUGGAGAGAAACCUUAUAAAUGCCAUAUUUGUGGGAAAGCAUUCAACCAGUCUUAUUAUUUUAGACAUCAUGAGAGAACACACACUGGAGAGGAAUGCCCUGAAUGUCAUCUAUGUGGGAAAACCUUUAGUCAUUUUUCUUCUCUUAGGCAACAUGAGAGAAUACACACAGGAGUAAAACCAUAUAAAUGCUAUAUAUGUGGGAAAGCAUUCAGUGGUUGUUCUACCCUGAAACGACAUGAAACAACUCACACUGGAGAGACACCAUAUAAAUGCCAUAUAUGUGGGAAAGCAUUCAGUGGUUGGUCUACCCUGAAACGACAUGAAACAACUCACACUGGAGAGACACCAUAUAAAUGCCAUAUAUGUGGGAAAGCAUUCAGUGGUGGUUAUUGUCUCAGACGACAUGAGAGAAUUCACACUGGAGAGAAACCCUACAAAUGCCUUACCUGUGGGAAAGCCUUCAUUGAUGUCUAUGCCCUCAGACGGCAUGAGAGAACUCACACUGUAGAGAAACCCUAUGAAUGUCACUCAUGUGGGAAAGCCUUCAAUGAUUGUUCUAGCCUCAAACGACAUGAGACAACUCACACUGGAGAGAAACCCUAUGAAUGUCUUACAUGUGGGAAAUCCUUCCUUGGUAUCUAUGCCCUGAGACGACAUGAGAGAACUCACACUGGAGAGAAACCCUAUGAAUGUAAUGUGUGUGGGAAAGGCUUCGCUCAAUCUUUUAGUCUUCAACAACAUGAGAGAACUCACACUGGAGAGAAACCCUAUGAAUGUCUUACAUGUGGGAAAUCCUUCUUUGAUAUCUAUGCCCUGAGACGACAUGAGAGAACUCACACUGGAGAGAAACCCUAUGAAUGUAAUCUGUGUGGGAAAGGCUUCGCUCGAUCUUUUAGUCUUCAACAACAUAAGAGAACUCACACUGGAGAGAAACCCUAUGAAUGUCAUACAUGUGGGAAAGCCUUCAAUAAUUGUUCUUCCCUCAAACGACAUGAGAGAACACACACUGGAGAGAAACCCUAUGAAUGUAAUCUAUGUGGGAAAGCCUUCACUCAUCCUUCUAAUCGUCAAAAACAUGAGAGAACUCACACUGGAGAGAAACCCUAUGAAUGUCAUACAUGUGGGAAAGCCUUCAAUAAUUGUUCUUCCCUCAAACGACAUAAGAGAACACACACUGGAGAGAAACCCUAUGAAUGUCAUACAUGUGGGAAAGCCUUCAAUGUUUGUUCUGCCCUCAAACGACAUGAGAGAGCACACACUGGAGAGAAACCCUAUGAAUGCUAUACAUGCGGGAAAGCCUUCAUUGAUUUUUCUACCCUCAGGCGACAUAAGAGAACACACUAGAGUAUCCCAGUGAAUGUCAUACAUGUGAUAAAGCCUUAAUUCAAGAUUCUUAUUUUGAACUACAUGAGAGAACACACACUGGGGAGAAAUCCUAUGAAUGCCAUAAGCACAGAAAUUAAUAUAAAGAGUGUGGAUCCAAAAUUAAGAGGCAGUUACUAAAAACAUACACAAUUGGUAUUGUCAAAUUAAUAGAUUUUUUAAAUUUUGUCACAAUUUUUGAGCACUCUAGGUUUCACUGAGUUAAACAGUUCCAGUCUUUAUCUUUCCUCUUCCCUUCUGGUGAAAUUUCCAAAACUGUUAUGAGUUACAGUGCCAUACUAUCAGUUAUUUCCUUAUUGAGAAAUGUAACAUAUUUACAAAAAGCUAGUAGCUUUCAAUUUACAAUUAAGCAGCUGUGGAGCAAAUUUCAAAGAAUGCUAUGGGUUACAGUUCCAUCAUGUCUGUUCUUUCCUUCUAGCUGUUUUAAUACCGUAGCAACUAAGAAAAAGAAAAUUAUAUACAGAUUCAGUUUUCAUAGUCCUUUGUUAAAUUCCAUCUUAUAUGUUGCUACUCCUUCAUGUCCUUUAAUCACUUUCAGGGAUGAAUAUCACGAUCUUCUGGAUGUGUAGGCAGUGACUAACCUAACUUCUCCAUGUUGAAAAGGGGUGUCGACAUUAUGGGAAAAGGGGACACAUCUGGUUGAUGUUCUUGAAGAGGCUAGUGCCUCUGAGUUUUGGGACUUAGCUGGCAUAGGAGGUCUCUGAAGGAUUGAAGUUUCUCAACAAUAAACUUAGUGAGUGAAACUUUUUUAUAGACUCUCACCUAGAAACAUAUUCUUUGGAAUUUUCAGGACUAUGGUUGAUUUGCAUUUAUCAUCCUGUGGCCUUGGCAUAUCUAGCUGAAGCCUGCACAGGAGUAACCUCCAGGAAAGCCUCUUGACUCUGUUUGAAAUCUCUUAGUCACUGAAGCCUUAUUUUGUUCUUUCUUUUCCACCUUCUGGUCAAAAAGGCAUUCAGUUCCCCUCAAUGCCAUGAUCAGGCUCAUUCCUGGAAUCCAUGUCCUACAUCACCUGGGAGUCUCAUUCACCUAGGGGGUCCUGUCCAACAUUGGGGGUGGGUGAUGAAUUUAUUUGCAGAGUUUGGCAUAAAGUCCUUAUUUGAGCAGCAAAAGAGGUUCUCUGGAGGUGACUCCUAGGUAUAAUUAUAGCUGGGAUUAGCUUCCCCUUUAGAACCAUAAGUAGGGGGUCCUAAGUUCGUAUAGCAUAUGUUCUGUACGUGGAAAUUCAUCAGUAUCACAUUAUCAUCUCUUAGUUGUACAAUCCUCAUCACUACAUUUUAAACAAUUCUCAUGACCCAAACACCCCAUAGCUCUUUAAAGCCCUCAAUUUGUCUCUAGUAUUUGUGUGGUACUAGUAAGGUAUUACUAUUUAUAUUCCCUGGUAUGCAAUAGGUAGAUUUUCUCCAUGUACCAUUCUGUUCUCAAUUUUUUUCCAGUAUCAUACCUUAGAAGCAUAUCAUGCAAGUACCUGUCUGUAUUUGUUGUGCUGAUCUGUGGGAUUUAUACCUUUAAACAGCCUCUUUGAAUCCUAUUCACCUUUAAUGCAGCUCUGAUACUUAUACUCCCAUUAACAUUCAUCAACUCUAUCCAAUUUCAUCAUUGAAUUCACCCUUAACAUAUCUGAUCAUAUUAGAUUAUAAUUCCCCUUAACUAGCAUCUAUCACUAAGUCCUCCCAUAUUCUCCAUUCUUAAAUGUUGAUUUUACAUUGUUCAGGUUGUUCAUAGUCAUGGUAUCAUAAUAUCUCUCCUUUGGUGUUUGUCUUAUUUCACUCAUUUUAUCUUCAAUGUUUUAUCUUCAAGUUUCAACCAUGUUGCCAUGUUUCAGGGCACUGUUUCUUCUUACUACUGCAUAGUAUUCCAUCAUAUGUAUUUACCACAUUUUGUUUAUCCACUCAUCUGUUGAAGGACACUUGGAUUCUUUCCAUCUCUUGGUAAUUGUGAACAAUAACAGUAUAAACAUCUGUGUACAAAUGUAUUUUUGUUUGACUGCUUCAGAUCUUCUGGGUAUGUAUCAAGUGGAAUUCCCAGAUUGUAGGAUAAUUUGAUAUCUGUUUUUCUGAGAAAUCACCAAACUGCCUUCCACGGUGUCUGUACCAUUAUGCAUUCCCACAAGCAAUGAAAAAGAAUUCCGAUCUCUCCAUUUCCUCACCAGCAUUUAUUGUCUGUUUGUUUAAUGGUGGCCAUUCUUAUUGGUGUGAGAUGAUAUCAUUAUGGUUUUGAUUUGCAUUUCUCCAAUAGCUAGUUAAGAUAAACAUUUUUUCAUGUGUUUUU